CCAAAGGACCCGCCUUAACUUUGAUUUCUUGACAUUCUCGAAGCUUUUGUUCAAGCACAGUAUAAAGUGGCCGGGGUAAGUCAUUCUUCCCGAGAACGUACACCGACUUAGAAGGAAUGUCAUUCAUUGCAACCCGAUGUUGGAAAAUUCUUGAAAAAAACCGAGUAGAGCCAUCUGAACAACCUCCUAGAUGUCCUACUUUGAAUCCCAGUACAGAUCACCUCCACAUUGGGCGCCAUGCUAUGGUCAGCAGUGACGUUGAUUUGUGUUCUACUAUGGGUAAGGAGAUCUUAUUGAGAGGAGGAAAUGCCGCCGAUGCCAGUGUAACUGUUGCAUUAUGUGUUGGAAGUAUCAAUUCUGGUUCUUCUGGUAUUGGUGGCGGUGGAUUCAUUGUCAGCUCACUGAACUCAACCAAGAAAGUGCUCAGCAUCGACGCCCGUGAAAUGGCCCCUGGUAUGGCAUACUCAAGUAUGUUUGAAAAGAACCCAGUACUUUCAGUAGUGGGAGGAUUGAGCAACGGUAUUCCCGGAGAGCUAAAGGGGUUAGAUGUGUUGUUUCAUACCCACGGAUCCGGAAAUUUGACCUGGGCUGAAGUGAUUGAGCCAGUUAUUAGAUUGAAUAGAGAUGGCUUUGAAUGUACUCUCUCUCUCGAGGUCACAAUUCAGGCACUACAUGAUCGGUACUUUACCAAGAUCCCUGAUUUGGCCAAAUCAUGGGACUUUAUUUAUAACGAAGAUGGAAGUCUUAAGAAAGUUGGUCAAUUGGUUCAAAGGCAAAAUUUAGCUAGGACCUUGGAAUUGGUUGCUCAAAACGGGUCACUGGCAAUUUUCUACGACCCAAAUGGUCCAAUUGUACCCCAUUUAAUUGAGGCAAAUAACAAAUGGGGUGGGCUAUUUACAUCCAAAGACUUUGCAUUGUAUGAAACCAAAGUUGAAGAUGCCCUUUCAUACAAAUUUGGCGACUUGGAAGUGUACACCACCAGUGGUAUAAGUUCUGGAAUCGUGCUCAUAGCCGGAUUAAAUCUAUAUCUGAAGUUACAAAAGGCUACUGAUGCUCUGUAUCUUCAAAUCCACAAAUUCAUAGAAACCAUGAAAUGGAUGGCAUCUGCCAGAACUCGCCUUGGUGAUACCAGGACCUCAGAAGAGUAUCAAGAAAUUGUACUGAACUAUACUUCAGAUAGUUGGAGUGAAGAUAUCAGAGACAACAAGUACUUUGACACCCAAACCUUCCAUUGGUCUCACUACGAUCCUUUAUUCCAGACCAGCGAAUCUCAUGGAACCACACAUUUUUCAGUCCUAGACGACCAGGAUAAUGGAGUAGGAAUGACCAGCACCGUCAAUUUGUUGUUUGGGUCUAUUGUAUAUGACCCCAUAACCGGAGUUAUCUUGAAUAAUGAGAUGGAUGACUUUCUGACCAAGUCCUACAACAACUCAUUUCAGCUCCAGCCUUCGAAAUUCAACACUGUUCAACCAUAUAAUAGACCUUUAUCAUCAGCUGCCCCCACUAUCAUUAUGGAGAAUGGAAUUCCUAUUUUCCUCGUUGGAGCCGCUGGAGGCUCACGAAUCACCACUGCUGUUUUACAAGCAAUAAUGCGAGUGUUCAAUUUCAAUUCAGACCUCCUUCUGGCCAUAGCUAACCCUCGUUUGCAUCAUCAACUUCUCCCGAAUUACGUGCUCCUUGAGAACAUCACAUUAACCAGUGAGGAGCUUGGAUACGGAGUACUUGAACAACUUGAAGGCUUGGGCCAUACGUUCCAGGAGACGGGAGUUGAGACCACAAUGAAUGCUAUUCACCGGGUACGGGACACUAUCCACGGUGUGGCUGACUUUUGGAGAAAGUUUGGUGAAGCUGAUGGGUAUUAGGAUUUUUUUUUGCACUAUGGCAAACACCGAAAACUCAAUGCGGGACUAUCAAUAUACUUCAAUCGACCAAAGGACAUGUCUUUGACCAAUCAGGCAACAUAUAGUCUUUAUGCACGAUAGAACCAGUAGUUACCUGAGAGCUCCGGCUUAUUAAAUAAGGUGGUUCCGUUUAUCCUUAUCUGAUGGUUCCUUUGGACCAUUGCGGAUAUCGCCUGGAUAAAUAAUAUGGAGAUUAGAGUUGACCGGAGUCAAAAAUACAACACGAGAUUUUGCCACUUCCCGAGAUACGUGGCACUCACCUGAUAUAUAUAAUAGCUGGAGUUACAAUUGUAGGUAUAUGUCCCCACAAUACACGUAAAUAUCCCAUA